GCCGUUCCCAGCACCGAAGCCCGACAGCGAAUAUGGCGGGGCGUUCAGGGCAGCGGACGCGAAUGGCGUGGCGCACGGGGAGAUUGCGGCGAUAGCGCACGGGCGGUUAAUUGGAGGAGGCACAACAGGAAAACACACGUUCCGUCUCCAGGUCCUCCUGGACGCGCGCACCCUCGAGAUCUAUCGCAAAGCCGAAAUCUCUGCGCGUCAAGGAUGUCGACUUAGCCAGGCUACUCGUGACACACCGCCGCCGACGGGCAGCGUUCAUGGGUGGUCGUACUCGCUACGCACCCCCUGUCGUCUACGUACACUGCACGUCCUUUACCCUACGAGCUAAUUCGCAUCUAUGCUAUCAUUGCAUGCAGAUCAAAUGAUGUCCACGACGAGACAAUCAGGGUUUGCCUUCCUCGGCUACGUCCAGGACAAGAUCGCGAUGAUCCACCCCGCGUUCGCCGACAUCAACCGUGGCUCCGGCGAGAGAAGGCGUCUCCCACCCCGUCCCCGUAUCGCAUUCAGGUCUGGGAGGCAGUACUUGCACAUCGCGGAGGACGCGUGGUUCCUGUGCGGUAUGGGGGCGACCAUGGGCGCAGCGUGCAUCGCAUAGCACACUCGGUGCCUUGGAUGCCGUGAAGCGGAUGCGCUCGCUUUUGGUUUCUCGUUCCGCAUCACGAUUUCACCAUGUCGUGGGGGGCGUUUGCGUGCUUUCCUGGUUGGGUGUCUGCGAUGUGGUGAGAUAUAGGUCGUGACGAUGGUCGAGAUCCGUAUCCCGUGUACUUUGGCACAAAAUG